AUGGUCAGUGGUAUAAACCCAUCCUGGCUCGUUGUGGGGAGGGCAACCACUGCGGUGGCGCACUAUGAGUGGCGUAUAGACUAUCCACCCAUACCAUCCACUGUAAUUACAACCCCAGCACAUACACCCAUACCAUCCACUGUAGUUACAACCCCAGCACAUAUACCAAUACCAUCCACUGUAGGUACAACCCCAGCACAUACACCCAUACCAUCCACUGUAGUUACAGCCCCAGCACAUAUACCCAUACCAUCCACUGUAGUUACAACCCCAGCAUAUAUACCCAUACCAUCCACUGUAGGUACAACCCCAGCACAUACACCCAUACCAUCCACUGUAGGUACAACCCCAGCACAUACACCCAUACCAUCCACU